AUGGCCCCUAGGACGCUCGCUCGGGCGCUCGCCUUGUGUCUAUUUGUUCUCGUUGUAAAUCCGGGCUACGUGUCUUGCCGCAAUCUCUUGACGGAGACGAGGUUGACGGACGCCGAUAGUCCGGUGCCAAUAGGCCCUCUGCCACAAGCGGACGAGGCUGCACGGCGGCAGCGGCCACUUGAAUGCUUCCAAGCAGCCCAGCCAGUGCUGGGCCCGAAAGGUCCCGUCUACCAAGAAGUACGCCGCAACAAUGACAAGCCGUCGGAUUCGGGAUGCACAGUGCAGUUGAUGGAUCACUCGUUUGGCAACAGCUUCAACAAGCCCUUCGUUGGUAAGUGCGAGUCUCAUGCCCACGUCCCAAGCCCGGGUCUGCGUCCAGGUCUUACGACGGGGCCUCUACCGGCGCCGGUGCUGAGCGUUGUGGGCGACUACAAGCCUCCCGGCUGUGACUUCAACCGCGUCAUUCUGAACUUUACUGCCACUUCUGCAGGCCGCCAGCUGGACCGGCUGGCCUUGAUGUAUCUCGGAGACACGGAGGUAUGGAGAACCUCCACUGCGGAGCCCAGACUGGCACCCGGGAUCAUCUGGACCUAUUGGAAGGACAUGACCCCGUACCUCAGCAUGUGGAAGUCGAGCCAGAAGGUCAUUUUCGACCUCCCCAACCUCAUCGACGACAGAUAUACGGGGCCAUUCAAUUGCACCUUGACGGCAACCUUCUUCAAGAGCGACGUGGUGACCGACAACGCACCGCCUGCCGACCAGAUUGUCGCCAUCUCGUCGAGGAAUGCAUCGUCCAACACUGGCAGUGCCUGGCAAGUGCCAGAGCGCGAGGCCGUGAGUACGGUCAAAUUUCCGCGCAACGCCAAUCGAGCAGUCUUCUCCGUCUCGGCCAACGGCCAAGGGACCGAGGAAUUCUGGUGGAGCAACGUCCUCCAGAGCGAUGCCGCGGCCUUCAAUGCCACCGUCGGCAUGGCUCCAGCCGGGAGUCCUUGGCGCGAGGUCCAGGUCCUCAUCGACGACAAGCUGGCCGGCGUCCAGUGGCCGUUCCCUGUCAUCUUCACCGGAGGAGUCGUACCCAGCUUCCACCGGCCCGUCGUCGGGCUUGAUGCCUUUGACCUACGGGAGCACGAGAUUGACAUUUCGCCGUGGUUGCCGGUCCUCAGCGACGGCAACGAGCACACGUUCAAGAUCAGGAUUGUUGGUCUCGCGAAUGAUGGUGACCGCACGUCUCUAAACACCACCGUGGGCAAUUUCUGGGUGGUCUCUGGCAAGGUCUUUUUGUGGCUUGACGAAGAAGGGUCCGUCACGACCGGACGGCCGCCUACCGUCGACAUUUCGGACCCGGACGUCAAGCUCACGGGCCGCACGCUGAAACAGAAUUCGACCGGCGCGAACGAGUCUCUGGCGUUCAACCUGGAGGUGACGCGUUCAAUCUCUGUCAGGGGCGAGGUCGUCACCAAGAAAGGCACCAAGAACCCCGUGUGGAGCCAGAAGCUGCAGUACAGCAACAACGCUUCCAUCAGCGAGUUCGGCCGAAACGGGUUCAACAACUUCAUAAUCACCGGCACGGACGAACUCAGCGGGCAGGGUUCGUAUCGGUCUACGUACUCGUUCCCGCUGAUCGUCGACCAAGUGUCGAACAUGACAGCAGCCGGCGAUCUCAGUCUCUCUGCAACGCUAUUUCAAGAGUUGAAGUUGGAGGUCGAAGGCGCCGGGGUGUACCCGACCGGGCUUGAGGUGUACAACAACCCAUCGAACCGCAACAUGCCGAUGCCGGGACAGGGACCGCCGGGCCAGUACAAGAUAGCCAAGCUGUCGACGUUCCGCAACGGCACCGCCUCGUUCAACCAGCCGGCGGACAUGAAGAACAGUUCGGCGUUUGGCACGAUCCGUCAGGUGUUCCGGUUCAGUGGCGGUCGAGGAGACGGCGCACGUGACGUGGAGCUAUACUCGCGCAGGGUGCGGGCAUCCAACAACACGGUCUUGUCUGAUGAAGAAAAGUCUGCCGAUGGGACACCGAGGGUAAUCUCGUCGGAGAAGGCCAAUUAG